UAUUGAUACAGAUUGAAAGCUUUAGGCCUACGCUAUAUAGACUGACGUUCUUUCAUUCAGCUCGAAAGCUUUAGGCCUAAGCUAUAUGGACUGGAAUGCUUUAGAGGCUGCCGUUCUUCCAUUCAUCUCGAAAGCUUUGGGCCUAUGCUAUAAAGGGGAGUCAUCGAUAACAGGUCGAUUCCUCGUCAGCGGAGGCAGUUCAACAAAGGACAUGUCUGUCAGAAUCUCCCUCCUGGUCAUCAUCUCCUUGGUCGUCUUCGGAUGCGGAGCCGCGCCAGAGGGGAACGUCACGGCUCAGGACGAAUCUGCUUUAGAAAUCUUCCGACCGGAGGAGCCUUGUUCCAGCGAAGGAGGAAUCUGUGGUCUGGAAUCCUACUGUCCCGCUGAGGAUCGGUUCUCGGAGAAGGGCCUCUGUCCCACGCAACGGGAGAAGGGCGUGGAGUGUUGCAGGACUGUUCCCUUGAAUUUGCGGGCCUGCAGGAGUCGGGGUGGUGAAUGUCUUCCACCAGAGGCCUGUGGAAAAACCUUCAGAGAGCCCCAUGGCGUCUGCACAGAGGGAGAAGUCUGCUGUAUCCUGCUCUGAGAACUUGGUCUGAAUCCCCAGGGACUGAUUAUUCUAAAUCAUUUAGGUGUUUUUAAAGAUUAUACACUUAUUUAUUCCUUAA